AUGGAGAAGAUUAUCUACGAGCAUUUCCAGAGAUCUCCAAACUCCAUAGCUGUGGAAGACAGAGACUUGUCUUUGAGCUAUGCCGAGCUACUCGCGGAAGCCGCUCAUCUAGCCGGCACGCUUGGAGUUGUAGUCUCUGGUGAAUUGAUUGGCAUUUUGCUUGGCCCCGUUAUCCAUCAAAUUGUUGCCCAGCUAGCUAUACGUCUAGCCGGUGGUACUUGCGUCCCUAUCGAGCCGUCACUUCCAAAGAGUCGCAUCGCGGCGCUUCUAGGUGAUAUUCGCGUGAGACGUGUAUUCGUCGACAAAGAAGACAGUGCGCAUUGGGACGAUAUCGAAGUCAUUCACGUACAGCCGAUUUCAGGGCGGAAAAAUGUUGAUUUGGCACCAGAGACAUUCGAAAGUAAGUCAGAAAUAAGCCAUAUUCUCUUCACCUCCGGGUCAACUGGAAAGCCAAAGCCAGUUCAGAUCCGUGCAGAGAGCAUCUUGCACAUGGCGACCAAAACCCUCGCAACACCAUUGCAAACAAACGAUAGAGUCACCGAGUUCAACAAUCCAGGAUUUGAUAUAAUGUUAUUCGACAUAUGGGUCACGCUAAUCUCCGGAGCCACGAUUGUGGUGGUCCCUCGAGAGAUAGCCACUGAUCCUGGCGCAUUUGGGGGUUUCUUGAAGUCUCAUAAUGCCACAGUGACAUUUUUGACAGCUGCACUGUUCCAGAUUAUUGCAUUCACGGACCCGUUUGCAUUCUCUUCAUUGCGCCAUGUCUUCACUGGAGGCGAUGUGGCUAGCGUACAUGCUAUGAGGUCUGUCUUAGAGAAUGGGCCACCACAGAACCUUUGGAACUCAUAUGGGCCGACUGAGUGUACAACCAUGGUCACCAUGGCUCGCAUCACAUUGGAGGAGACAUCUCGAGAAAGAAUCACCGUUGGUAGACCAAUAGGUAGCACAGUACUCGUGCUAUUGGACGAGGACCAGAACACCAUUCGUGACAGUGGAAGACGAGGCGAGAUCCAUAUAGGAGGGCCACAGCAGGCCUUCGGGUACUUGAAUAUGCCGUAUGAGACAGACCAAUUCUUUAUUCAUUUAGAGAAAAAGAAGAUAGGUUUGCCAGGGGAAGGAUCUAUCCGAUUGUAUCGAACAGGCGACAUGGCCGAAUGGCGCGACACCACCUACCUACUUGAUUUCAUUGGACGUACUGAUAAUCAAGUGAAGCAUGCUGGGUUUCGGGUGGAUUUGGGCGAGAUUGAACAUGCAUUACUUACGCAUAGAGGUGUUCAGUCCGUUGUGGUGGUCCGACAGCCGCCGAUAUCUGAAAGUGGAACGCACUCACUCGUCGCUUUCGUGGUGGGUACCGAGGUGUUUCACACACAGAAUUUACUCGAAUUCGCUAGGGAGCAUCUUCCAGCUUAUAUGGUCCCCAAUGCUGUUGAGCGUAUCACCGAGUUCCCAUUGACGCCGAACGGAAAGGUGGACCGAAACACGCUUGUUCAACGACGGCUUGAGACUCUUCGACAAGAAUUAUCAGUGCCGGAGCACAAAUCUGAAGACAAUAGAGCACUUCUUCGGGGUCUUUGGGAAGAUCUCCUCAAUGUUGCCAAUAUUGGAGAUGAGGAUGACUUCUUUGUUUCUGGAGGCAGCUCACUUCAGGCUGCAGCGCUCAUUUCGCUUAUUCGGAAGCGGCUUGGAACUCUAGUAUCAAUGCAGGACUUGCAUACACACUCCACACUCGACAGACUACUGCGGUUGAUUGAAAACACUGAUCUCAAACAUGAAGAUGCGCCCAAUGAUGCAAAGAUAUGGAUGGAAGAUGUUAAUCUCGUAAACGAUAUUGAGCUCGUUCCUCGAUGGGAAGACGACACAGAAGGACGCGUUUUUGUCACCGGUGUGACUGGCUUUGUGGGGGCCCAUCUUUUACAACGUCUAAUGGAGAAGCCUUCUGUCAAACAGAUUGCGUGUCUAGCACGUCCCACAAAUGGGGUCAGUGCGGCCACUCGAGUCCAACAGGCCCUGGAACGAUAUGACCUAUGGCCGAGCAGGUUUGACCAGAUUCAAAAGCUUUUGGUGCUGGAGGGUGAUUUGGGAGAUCGGGAGCUCGGCUUGGGGAGUCAAAAGUUUACCUGGCUGGCAAACUGGGCCUCGGUAAUCUUUCACCUCGGUGCAAAAGUUAACUUUUGCCAGUCGUAUCGCGAGCACCGUGUCAGCAAUGUCGUAGGGACAUGCAACGCGCUCCGGUUAGCUUCCUCUGGUCGCCGCAAAUCAUUCCAUUACGUGUCUAGCAUUGACGUAUGGGGUCCAACUGGCUAUAUUCUUGGUACUAAAGAGCUGUAUGAGGAUGAGCCCCUAGAGCGGCAUAUUGAAGGCCUUCGGUAUGAUUUGGGCUACGCACAGAGUCAAUGGACGGCCGAAGCCAUGGUCCGUCGUAUGAGAGACAGGGGACUACCUAUUACGAUAUACCGGCCGGGAUUUAUUGUUGGUGAUAGCAAGACGGGGACGAACAAUCCUGAUGAUUUCUUCUCCCGGUUUCUGGCUGGAUGUAUCCAGCUUGGGACAUUCCCGAGAAUUUUAGAGCAGCGACUAGAAUAUGUGACCGUCGACUAUGUUCUCGAUGCGCUCAUCCAUAUUGCAUCUGAUAACAAGAAUUUAGGCAUGAGCUACAGCUUGAAUUGUCCUGAUGUGCGGCAAUCAGUCGAUGUGAUAGGAACCUGCGCUGUGCUCAAUGAGGCGGGAUACGAUGUCAAGGUCAUCUCUUACGACGAGUGGGUAGAGCAAUUAAGACAGCAGCCGGAAGACGGGCCUUUGGCACCAUUGAUGCCUAUGCUCCAGGAGAAGGUGCUAGGUCUUUUGACGCGCUGGGAGGCAAGUCAGUACUCGCCUGUUUAUCGCUGUGAUAAUACGACAGAAGCAUUGAAGGAUAAUCCUGGUAUUAAAUAUACCCCGUUUGAUACGGCGCUGUUAAAGAGGUUCAUCGGCUUCUGGAAUCGGAAGGGAUUUUAUCAUAUCAGGGAAUAA